AUGGUUCUGCCAAUUCUUGAUCAUCGUAGCGAUAAUGAAGCGAUCGCUAUUGAUGGUGUUCCUGACCAACAAAUAGACAUCGAGGAGAAUGUUAUGGACGGCACAGCUUCACAUCUAUCAUCUUACUAUUGUUGCCUUCUUUCUUUCUUUGUUUUUUUCUUUGUUUCUUUCUUUCUCAUCGAUUGUUUUCUUCCUUACUUCUUUUCAUUUUUCCAUUCUUAUUUUCGUUCAUUCUUUCUUUUUUAUUUCUCAUUCAUCAAUUACCUCUUUCUUUCUUUCUUUCUCUCAUCACUCAUUUUCUUUCUUUCUUUCUUUCUUUCUUUCUUUCUUUCUUUCUUUCUUUCUGUCUUAUCCAUCAAUUUCUUGCUUCUUUCUUUCCCAUCUUUUCAUUUUUCUUUCUUUCUUAUUUCUCUUCAAUUUUUCUUCUCAUCAAUCAAUUUCUGCUUUCUUUCUUUCUUUUUUCUCAAUUUUCAUUUUUCUUCUUUAUUAAUUCAUUUUACAUGUCUACCAUUUUCUUUCUUACGUACCUAUAAUUUUCUUUCUUCGUUCUCAUCACUCAUUUUCUUUCUUUCUUUCUUUCUUUCUUUCUUUCUUUCUUUCUUAUCCAUCAAUUUCUUGCUUCUUUCUUUCACCUCUUUUCACUUUUCUUUUUUCUUAUUUCCCUUCAUUUUUCUUCUCAUCCAUCAAUUUCUUCUUUCUUUCUUUCUUUCUUUCUUUCUUUCUUUCUUCUCAUUUAUCAUUUUUCUUCUUUAUUAA